AUGCUUUGUUUUAUUUCAGUGCCAGAAUGGGCGUUCGUCUUCCUUGGUAUAAUCGCAAUUAUCGUCGUUCUCCUCAUAGCAUACCUGAUCAUCAGAAAGCUGUUCGGAAAGAAGCGACAUGGUGAAAAGAACAAGAACAAAGGCUUCAAGGGAUUGUUUAGCAAAGGUGGUGACCUCAUGGCCGGGAAGGACGUAAUGGGAGGAAUUCAACAAGACAUGGAAGAGUUAGAAGAGAACAUGGAACAAAACGAGAAAGCUCAAGCUGAGGAAAAGGAGGAGGUGAAACUCGGACGAAUACAGUAUAAACUCGAUUACGACUUCCAACAAGGACAGCUUUCUGUUACCGUUAUCCAAGCGGAGGACCUACCUGGUAUGGAUAUGAGUGGCACAUCCGAUCCAUACGUCAAACUUUACCUAUUACCCGAAAAGAAGAAGAAAGUCGAAACAAAAGUCCAUCGAAAGACCCUCAAUCCGGUGUUCAACGAGACAUUCAUUUUCAAAGUUGCCUUCAACGAGAUCACCGCAAAAACGUUGGUAUUCGCAGUCUACGACUUCGAUCGGUUUAGCAAGC